CCGCGGGGCCGCGGCUAAGGAACGCGGGCCGCCCACCCGCUCCGGGUGCAGCGGACUCCGCGCCGGGUUUUGGCGCCUCCCGCGGGCGCCCCCCUCCUCACGCCGAGCGCGGCCGCGUCACUGCGAAGGGCGCAGCGAGCGUCCUGAUCCUUCCGCCCGGACGCUCAGGACGGCGGCCCGCUGCUCAUAAGACUCGGCCUUAGAACCCCAGUAUCAGCAGAAGGACAUUUUAGGACGGGACUUGGGUGACUCUAGGGCACUGGUUUUCUUUCCAGAGAGCGGAACAGGCGAGGAAAAGUAGUCCCUUCUCGGCGAUUCUGCGGAGGGAUCUCCGUGGGGCGGUGAACGCCGAUGACUAUAUAAGGAUGCGCCGGGUGUGGCGCAGCUAGUUCCGUCGCAGCCGGGAUUUGGGCGGUAGUUGUUGUUUGUGGAUCGCUGUGAUCGCCACUUGACAAUGCAGAUCUUCGUGAAGACUCUGACUGGUAAGACCAUCACCCUCGAGGUCGAGCCCAGUGACACCAUCGAGAAUGUCAAGGCAAAGAUCCAAGAUAAGGAAGGCAUCCCUCCUGACCAGCAGAGGCUGAUCUUUGCUGGAAAACAGCUGGAAGAUGGGCGCACCCUGUCUGAUUACAACAUCCAGAAAGAGUCUACCCUGCACCUGGUGCUCCGUCUCAGAGGUGGGAUGCAGAUCUUCGUGAAGACCCUGACUGGUAAGACCAUCACCCUCGAGGUCGAGCCCAGUGACACCAUCGAGAACGUCAAAGCAAAGAUCCAAGACAAGGAAGGCAUCCCUCCUGACCAGCAGAGGUUGAUCUUUGCCGGAAAGCAGCUGGAGGAUGGGCGCACCCUGUCUGACUACAACAUCCAGAAAGAGUCCACCCUGCACCUGGUGCUCCGUCUCAGAGGUGGGAUGCAGAUCUUCGUGAAGACCCUGACUGGUAAGACCAUCACCCUCGAGGUCGAGCCCAGUGACACCAUCGAGAACGUCAAAGCAAAGAUCCAAGACAAGGAAGGCAUCCCUCCUGACCAGCAGAGGUUGAUCUUUGCUGGAAAGCAGCUGGAAGAUGGGCGCACCCUGUCUGACUACAACAUCCAGAAAGAGUCCACCCUGCACCUGGUGCUCCGUCUCAGAGGUGGGAUGCAGAUCUUCGUGAAGACCCUGACUGGUAAGACCAUCACCCUUGAGGUCGAGCCCAGUGACACCAUCGAGAACGUUAAAGCAAAGAUCCAAGACAAGGAAGGCAUCCCUCCUGACCAGCAGAGGUUGAUCUUUGCCGGAAAGCAGCUGGAAGAUGGGCGCACCCUGUCUGACUACAACAUCCAGAAAGAGUCCACCCUGCACCUGGUGCUCCGUCUCAGAGGUGGGAUGCAGAUCUUCGUGAAGACCCUGACUGGUAAGACCAUCACCCUCGAGGUCGAGCCCAGUGACACCAUCGAGAAUGUCAAGGCAAAGAUCCAAGACAAGGAAGGCAUCCCUCCUGACCAGCAGAGGUUGAUCUUUGCUGGAAAGCAGCUGGAAGAUGGGCGCACCCUGUCUGACUACAACAUCCAGAAAGAGUCCACCCUGCACCUGGUGCUCCGUCUCAGAGGUGGGAUGCAGAUCUUCGUGAAGACCCUGACUGGUAAGACCAUCACCCUCGAGGUCGAGCCCAGUGACACCAUCGAGAACGUCAAAGCAAAGAUCCAAGACAAGGAAGGCAUCCCUCCUGACCAGCAGAGGUUGAUCUUUGCUGGAAAGCAGCUGGAAGAUGGGCGCACCCUGUCUGACUACAACAUCCAGAAAGAGUCCACCCUGCACCUGGUGCUCCGUCUCAGAGGUGGGAUGCAGAUCUUCGUGAAGACCCUGACUGGUAAGACCAUCACCCUUGAGGUCGAGCCCAGUGACACCAUCGAGAAUGUCAAGGCAAAGAUCCAAGACAAGGAAGGCAUCCCUCCUGACCAGCAGAGGUUGAUCUUUGCCGGAAAGCAGCUGGAGGAUGGGCGCACCCUGUCUGACUACAACAUCCAGAAAGAGUCCACCCUGCACCUGGUGCUCCGUCUCAGAGGUGGGAUGCAGAUCUUCGUGAAGACCCUGACUGGUAAGACCAUCACCCUCGAGGUGGAGCCCAGUGACACCAUCGAGAACGUCAAGGCAAAGAUCCAAGACAAGGAAGGCAUCCCUCCUGACCAGCAGAGGUUGAUCUUUGCCGGAAAGCAGCUGGAAGAUGGACGCACCCUGUCUGACUACAACAUCCAGAAAGAGUCUACCCUGCACCUGGUGCUCCGUCUCAGAGGUGGGAUGCAGAUCUUCGUGAAGACCCUGACUGGCAAGACCAUCACCCUCGAGGUGGAGCCCAGUGACACCAUCGAGAAUGUCAAGGCAAAGAUCCAAGACAAGGAAGGCAUCCCUCCUGACCAGCAGAGGUUAAUCUUUGCUGGGAAACAGCUGGAAGAUGGACGCACCCUGUCUGACUACAACAUCCAGAAAGAGUCCACUCUGCACUUGGUCCUGCGCUUGAGGGGGGGUGUCUAAGUUUCCCCUUUCAAGGUUUCAACAAAUUUCAUUGCACUUUCCUUUCAAUAAAGUUGUUGCAUUCCCAA